CAUGUUUCCCUUCCCGCUGUUAAAUAUUUUCGUUGUAGCUUCCAAAGUCAAAGAGGAGGACUCCAAAUAUGACCCAGCCCUUUACCAGCGGGGUGACCUGUUAGAAGUCCCCAGGACAUUAUUCACCCACUUUGGUAUCUAUUUGGGCGACAACCGAGUUGCUCAUUUCAUCCCAGAUAUCCUGCCAGUGGUUUCCAAAAACAAAUCAGCUAUUGCCAGAAUGGUGACCAACAGUCGACUCCUACUUGGGGUUAUUGCCAAGGCGGGCAGCAUCAGAGUGGACUCCGUGGCAGAUUUCGCUUACGGCUCAGAGAUCAUAGUCAACCACAUGGACCAGGUGUGCAGCCAGCCUGCCUUGCAUGGAGAUGAGGUCGCCCGGAGGGCCGAGAAACUUUUAGGCUCCAUCGCCUACAGUUUACUGUGGCACAACUGUGAACACUAUGUGAUGCAUUGUCGAUACGGCAUGGCCAUCAGCUACCAGACGUACCAGCACUACACAAUGAAUAGGCAUCGGGCUGUCUUUUCAUUGUUGUCUGACCAGCUGAACCUAACGAAUAUGGACAAACACCACCGUCAGUAUGGGAAGAAAGAGAGAAACGGCGCAUUUUUCUGCUGCUGAAUCCUGGAGACCACCCUGUUACAAAGGUCACAUGCAAGGGACCGCAUUGUGACAAGAGGCUCCUUGCACAUGCAGUAUGAGUAAUGCCCUCAAAGAUUUUCUUGGAGAGAAAAAAACAACAACCGCUUAUUGGACAAUAAUGUAUGGCAGUAGCAUUAACCUCACGUGCAGAGUGGAUUUAAGGUUAAUGUUCUUACGAAGGAACGUGGCUUACGCUGAACGUUUUGUUGAAAACCCGUCUUGGAAUAAGGAAUAACUGAGAAAUGCAUUUUUUUUUUAAAUCACAUUGGUGGCAGACCAGCGGAUUUGUGGAUCUGCUGAUUAGAAAGUCUGGUUUGUAUGCAGCAAGUUUUGUCAGCAGGAGAGUCUUGGGUCCAGCAGGCCGAGGUUUUGAUGCUUCAGCCCAUGUGGCAUGCAGCGCCAUCUAGUGUUCAUUUUUGUUGGUGACCAAUUCUCAGUUGCCCUGCAGUUUGUUUUUUUUUUAAAAUAAGGUUACCUCGGACCUUACUAAUGUACUUUUAUUUUGUCUAACUUUCGCC